AUGGACGCUGCCAAUGCCAGCUCCAACACCAACGCCAACGCAAGCAGCAACUCGCCCGCGAACGCGAGCACGAGCACGGGCACGAGCGCUCCCCUGCAAAUACGCUCGCGGGUAACCGUCGUCUGCGGUGAGUGCAAGCGCCUCAAACUCAAAUGCGACCGCCUCCACCCCUGCGCGAGCUGCGUCAAGCGCGACACCGUCGCGCGGUGCAUUUACUCGCCGGGUGCGGCGGAGAAAGUCGACAUCGCAUCCCUCAACAACCGCCUCAUGCAGGUCGAGUCCCUGCUCACCCUCCUCACCGCCGGCCAGUUCCACUCGACCUAUCCGCCUGCCGCGCUCUCGAGCUCGCUCCCCGCGGGGUUCGGCUCGUCCUCGCCUGGGUUUAGCGUGAACGCUUCCCCUUCGAUGGGGUUCAAUUUCAGUCAGGCAUUGGUUAAUAUGGGGAUGGGCAGUCCGGCGGCGGUGGGGACGACAAGCGGCGCGGGCUUGGGCUUUGGCCAACGUGCGGGUUCGCAGUCGGGACUGUACGCUUUGCAUGGUCAACAUAGUCAACAUCUCCAACAUCCUCAAUACCACCACAUGCGCGCCCAAAACCACUCAAACCCAACUCCGCUUAUCACACUCUCCGCACACGACCUCGCACUCGCCCUCCUCGACGAGCUACAACCCGAACUCGAGCUCGAGCUCGACAGAGAUAUCCACCUCGCCGCGCCGUGGCCUCCUACAUCUUCCAGUCCACAUACCCUCACGAAUGAUACGACUACGAAUGCGAUGAACGUCACGACAUCGACAACAACGAAAACGAAUUACAUCAAGCUCGAGCCGCCGCCUUCCGACCUUGACCUCUACCCCACUGCUUCAUCUACAGCGUACACUUCCUUUGCCGAAUUCGACUUUGGCUCCUCGUCCUCGUCUUCGACUGUACGCCCUCCUUACUCACAUCCUACGCAAUCAUAUCCUGCCCAUCUUCCUCCUCAUCCUCCAACGAGAACACCUGGGAGGACAACACGAAAGGGAGGGCAAGCACAAGCGCAGACGAGAAGGAGACGGAGAGAAGCAAACGCACACGCACACCUCCCAGCGCUGAGCAUCUACUAUCCCUACCCCGGGCUGAGCGUCGGCGCGCCUGGUCCUGGGGGAUCGCCUUCAGGCUCGUCUACGGUGACUGUUGGCGCUGCGUUUCCCCCUUCGUGUUCCUCUUUUCCGUUACCUUCCACCUCUGGGUCGAACUCGAGCUUGAUGGCGAGCACGACAGGAUCGACGUCGGCGAGCGCGUUCUCGACGCACCUGUCCCUCCCACUGUCGCACCACUCGUACGCCGAGCUCUCUUCUCCUCAACCGCCUCUUACUUCCGCACCUCAAUACACUCCUCCUUCUGUCCCUCCUUCCGUCCCACAUCCUUCCGUCCCACAUCCUUCCACAACCCCAACUGCCUCCAGCACCCAAAGCCAAUACACGUUCCCACCGCAAGUCCAGCUCUCGCCUUACCCUCAACCAUCCCUGCCCCAACAUCCUCCUUCUGGCCCCACUUCCACCCACCCACUUUCCUCCUCGCCGCACCCCCAACCCCAGUACCAACCCCAGACGACGGCCCCGAGAACCUCAACAUACGGCGGCGGCAGACCGCAGAUAACCACAGCCCUCCUCGCCCUGCUCCCGCCCCUGGGCGUAUGUGAGCGGUGGUUGGGACGGGCGUGGGCGAGGGGUAUCCUAAACACGAGGGUGUUGCCUCCUUUUGUGUUGGGUUCUAGCGGAGGAGAGUGGAGGACGAGUGGGAGUGGGAAGGGAAAGGGCAAGGCGAAGGAGAGGGAAAAGGAGAGGGAAGAACAGUGGAGGGCCUUCGAGAGCCGGUGUUUGCGCGUCCUUUCCUUGGGCGGCGGGUUUGGUGUCGGGGCUGCUGGGCCGUCGUCGUCGUCGUCGUCGUCCAUAUCUCCAACCUCUGUUGGUGCGCAUGCUCGUGCGGAGAGGAGGAAGAAAGACAGACCCCGACCCCGACCCAACUCAGAUCAGGAGAGGAGGGACCGACCCCGACCUAACGCUGACAAGGAACGCAAGGACCAGGAACGGAGGGACCGCAAAGAACGAGAGAGGAGGGAGAAGGAGAAGGCGCGGAUGAUCUAUUUUGGGGGAAUGCCUGGGCUGCGGAACGCCGCUGGUGGAGAGGCGUCGGUGUCGGUGUCGGCAUCGUUGACAUUGGUGUCUGCGCUGGAGCGCGGGGAGGGUGGGCGGAGGAGCCGGUCUGGAGAUGGGUCGAGUGGGAACGGGAGUGGGAGUGGGAGUGGGAGUGGGAAUGGGGGUGGGAGUGGGAAUGGGGGUGGGAAUGGUGGGAAUAGCGGUGGGAGUGCUGGUAGUUCGGGAGGCAGGUCAGGAGAGGAGGGUAGACCGAGAGACCGACAUCGAGAUCGCCGGAAAAGCAGCGGUAUGGAACUGGAGCUGGAAGACGCAGCGCACGAACCAGAGCACCAAGGAGCGGUUGGGCGAGGACACAACGACGAACCCGCACCAGAACUAGAGCCGGAGCCCGAACCCGAGCCCGGGUCGCUGACGUUCUUCGCCCUGCUGUGUUUCGUGCUCGCCAUUGGAGCUGCGGAAGAUGAAGUUGCACCAGAAAGUCACAGUGGUAACGAAACGCACAGGCACGAGUUUUUAUUCGAGUUGGGGAGGCAGGUUUUGGGUGUUUGGGAUACUUGCUCUUCUUCGUCUUUUGGUGGUGGUGGUGGUGGGGAGGAGAGGGAGAGGGAGGAGUACAUCCUCGCGUGCGUCGUUGGGGUUGUGUACCUCGUGCGGACGGGGGCUCUUGACUCUCCAUCGAUCUUGAAAGAAGAAGACGCGGAGGAGGAGGGCGCGGAGAAAGACGUAGAGGAAGGAGGGGAAGACGAUGCUGAGACAGGAGAUGUGGAGGGCCAAAUCGUUUCACUCGUGGGCAAGAUGAUCAACGCAGCGCGUUCUUUAGGGCUCGAUCGUCUGUCCUCUACCUCCGGCCCGGGUCCUGGUGCGACAUCGUCUGGCGCUGGGAGGGACGCGAAGGGCAAGCACCCUACGAAGGGGGAUAGGGAGAAGGCCAAGGAAGAGUGGAAAAGGAUGUUAUGGUGGGAGGUGUUGUUCUGGGAUCUGUUCUCAGCCGACGCCCAACACCGCCCGCCUCUGGUCCCGCUCGACGCGUACCUGAGUAGUGGGCUACCGUCUUGUUCUGGCUCUCAACCUUCCUCUUCUACUUUCCCUCCAUUCGACGUGCAGGACGAAGAGGAGGAUGAGCCAGACAAUGAAAAUGAAGAUGAGGGCCAAGCAGACGACGAGGACGAACCGGAAGACGAGCGGCGGUACAGACCUGUUCUGCGCUUGGACGAUCGUGAGGGCGAGGGUGCUGUGGGUGGAGAAGAAAAGGAAGGCGAGGACAUGGAGGAGGCCUACACCGGGGCGCGCUAUCGCUUAACACACCUAGCAGCCCUCAUCAAAGACCAUGUCGCCCGCCCCGCGUGCAGGUGCUGCGGGUACACCCUCGAGGAGGCGCUCGUGCUUGAGGGUGAGGUUGAAAGGUUCGGGGCGGGGUUGCCGGCGGGGUUGAGGUUUACUCCCUCGUCUAAUACUGCUUCGCCCUUGAUGCUGGGAAAUGAGCAGGAUGAGAGGAAGGCACAAGCGGCAGAGCUCGCGAUGGUGGCGGGUCUGCUCGUCCUGAUGGUCUACUGCCCGUUCGUUCUUCGGGGUCGAGGUGAUAAGAGUGCAAGCGUGCCAGGACCAGGAUCAGUGCCAGUACCUGAGCCAGCGUACGAGGCGAGUGUUAGGGCGGCAAGGGGUGUGUUGAGAGCAGCGAAGGAGCUCAAGUCCUUGUCUUCCUCCUCCUCCUCCUCCUCGGUGUUCCUCGACCUCUACCCACUCGACAGCACACUCUUCGAAGCCAGCGUGAUAUGUGCACAUGCGGCGUUACACCCUCGUCCCUCGAGCUCUUUAGGCUAUGCAAACGCAAACGCGGAGAGCGACAAGGAGAGAGUGGUGCUGGUGGAAGAUGCCCGAUCUGCACUGGACCUCCUUUCCACGCCGUCUUCGAUGCUGACGGGCAAGCAGAGAAGGGUUGUUGCGGCUCUGCGGAAGCGGCUUGUGAGGGGCGUUGGCGAAGGUGUGGGCGCCGGUGGUGUUGGGGCCGGUGGUGUUGGGGCAGGUGGAGGUGGGAAGAAGAUCGGAGGGUUGGGCAAGGGAAGGAAGGCGGGCGAGGUGACACCGGCGUCGACACACACAGGACUGAAGCGGAGGCGUGACGACGACGACGACGACGGCGAGGGUGGAGGUGCUGGAGGCGGUGGGAGAGGGUUUGGAGGUUCGGUCAACCUCCAUCCCAACCCCGGAACCACGUCGACUUUGUCCUCCACAUUGACAUCGGCAUCGACAACAUCCCCAACAGUGAUGGCGACAGAGUACCACUUAUCAAGCCACGGAGCUGUUGGUGCUGGCGGUGGAGAGGGCAUAGUGUCUGGAUUUGACUUUGGCGGCGCUACGACUCAUUCCAACUAUCACCCUUUCCCGACACAGUAUGCACCGCUCCAACUGCCGCCCCAGCUGCCUCAGCCAGACCAGGUGGGGCUGCACGGCGUUCACAACAGUCAGCAGCACAGUGGGAUGAUGGACAUGUCCUCGUCGCAGACUCAGCAAUAUACGUAUAGUGAUCAAUAUCAGGGGCUGUCCUCGCCUUCUGCGUACACGCAACAACAAGGAUCGCCGAUGACGCACCUCCAAGGAUCGACGUCGACGUCGGUGCCUGGUAAUGGCAUGGAGGCGGCUUCGAUGCCCUCACCUUCACCUUCGACUUCUGUGGCGGAUCCACACACGAGGCUCACGGAUCUGGGUCGGAACUCGGGUUCUGGCGGUACCGAUGCGCAACUGGAGAAGAUGGACGACGUUGACACCGAGCGCGACCGGCAACGGCAACGAGAGAGGGCAUGCGACCGCGGUAAUUCCGACUCCAACUCCAACUCCAACUCCAAGGAAGAAAAGAGGGACAAGGACAAGGACAGGAAGCACGCGAAGACGCAGAGGACGUACCCCACCGUCGGCAUUCGCGUACGCGAUAGGGCGUCCAACCCGCUAUUGAAGUCGCGCCAGCCAGCCGCGGUCACGGGUAGGUCGAUGACGACCGCUGAUACGGUCAGGGCGUAUCAGGAGCAGCAGAAGAAGUUGGCUGCUGCUGGUGGGUCGGUCCCUGUGUCGAUGUCUGGUCAAGGGCAGUCGUCGGCGUCGCCUGCGCAGGCGCCAUCUCCUGUCCUGGCGGUGGGUGCACAUGAGAGGGAGGCAACGACGUACCGGCCAAGGUCGUCGUCGCUGAGUAUGGCGCAGGCCCAGUCGCAAGUCGACCAGCAGCUACCCUUUGGUCAAAGUCAGGCGUCGAGGUUCGUUAUGCAGCAGCAACAACCCAGUCCACAACACCCACAGCCACCGUCGUUUGGCCCACAUCCGCAUUCGCAAAUAUUCGACCACUCGCCUUUCCCUCAGCAGUAUCAGCAUCAGCAGUCGCCUCUCCAGCAGUCGCCUCUUCAACCAUCGCCCCUCCAACAAUCGUCCCUCCAGCAUCCACAUCCCCACUCACAUUCACAUUCGCAGAGCAUGUUUGCCGACACGAUGGCGUACAACCCCGUCUCCAGCCCCUUCUCCAACGCCUCAAGCUCGCCAUUCGCAUCGACGAGCUCCGGCCCCGCUCCACAUCCUUCGACGCCGACGUUUGGGUCACAACACCAGCACACGCCGCCGCUCUUUGGGCCGCCUCCUCCGCCACCUGCCCCUCCGCCUGUUGGUCCGCCGCCACCUCAGCCGCUGCAGAUGGGCAGCCCGGCAAUGUAUUUCCAAACUCAGACCCCGAGUGCGUAUGGAAGUUCGUACGGAGGUUCGCCGGCGUCGUCUGGGCCGCAGACGCAUGGACACUUGGAGAUCCACGGCCACGGUCAAGGUAUGCAACCCGACGCGAUGAACAUGAGCCUGGACCAGCCGAUGCUCUCUGUGCCGAGCACGCCCGUGUACGAGGUCAAGCCGGCGCUGGAGAGCUUGCAGCGUCACCACCUCUCACAGCCCCAGCAGCAGCAUUAUGAGCAAGACCAGUAUCAACAGGCUGUGGUCCCGCACUAUGACCAGGAGAUGUCUGCGCCGGGCCAGCAACAGCAGCAUCACCAGCACCAGUACCAGCAACAGCAAGCGCCUACAGACUCGCAGGCCUUGUGGAAUCCUGGCGGCGAUUUUAAGUUUGGGUAUUGA